CGCCACACAGUUGAACGUUGCCGGGAGACUGCGCUUGCGUCCUGAGGCUCCGCGAGGCCCCGCCCCGUCUGGGCGCCUGAAAUCCCUCAGGGCGGAGGAGGGCGGGGACGCCAAGCAUCUCGGGGACGCGGAGCGUGGAGGCCGUAGAGCUGUUCUGGCCUGUGGAGUAGGUUGGUUUCAAACUCCCCGCGAACACGAAUAAAAGAAACUGAGUAAGUUGGAGAAGAUAAAGUAUAUUCAGUCGCUAAUCCAGAAGAUCAGCAGCAAAGUAGGAAAUGCACAAUUUUGAGGAUGAGUUAACAUGUCCCAUUUGUUAUAGUAUUUUUGAAGAUCCUCGUGUACUACCGUGCUCUCAUACAUUUUGUAGAAAUUGCUUGGAAAACGUUCUUCAGGCAUCUGGGAACUUUUAUAUAUGGAGACCUUUACGAAUUCCACUCAAGUGCCCCAAUUGCAGAAGUAUUAUUGAAAUUGCUCCAACUGGUAUUGAAUCUUUACCUGUUAAUUUUGCAUUAAGGGCUAUUAUUGAAAAGUAUCAGCAAGAAGACCAUCCAGAUAUUGUCACCUGUCCUGAACAUUACAGACAACCAUUAAAUGUUUACUGUCUCCUAGAUAAAAAACUAGUUUGUGGUCAUUGCCUUACCAUAGGUCAACAUCAUGGUCAUCCCAUUGAUGAUCUUCAAAGUGCUUAUCUGAAAGAAAAGGACACGCCUCAAAAACUACUUGAACAGUUAACCGACACACACUGGACAGAUCUUACUCAUCUUAUCGAAAAGCUGGAAGAACAGAAAUCUCAUUCAGAAAAAAUGGUCCAAAGUGAUAAGGAAGUUGUUCUCCAGUAUUUUAAGGAGCUUAGUGAUAUAUUGGAACAGAAAAAAAAAAUUUUCCUAGCUGCUCUCUGUGAUGUUAGCAACCUGAUUAAUCAAGAAUAUACUCCACAAAUUGAAAGAAUGAAAGAAAUAAGAGAGCAGCAACUUGAAUUGAUGACAAUGACAACAUCUUUACAGGAGGAGUCUCCACUUAAAUUUCUUGAAAAAGUUGAUGAUAUCCGCCAACAUGUGCAGAUUUUGAAACAAAGACCACUUCCUGAGGUCCAACCUGUUGAAAUUUAUCCUCGAGUAAGCCAAAUAUUGAAAGAAGAUUGGAGCAGAACAGAAAUUGGACAAAUUAAGAAACUUCUCAUUCCUGAAAUGAAAAUUUCUUCAAAGAGGAUGCCAUGUUCCUGGCCUGAUAAAGAUGAGAAAGAAGUUGAAUUUUUUAAGAUUUUAAACAUUGUUAUAGUUACUUUAAUUUCAGUGAUACUGAUGUUGAUCCUCUUUUUUAACCAACACAUAAUAACCUUCUUAAAUGAAAUCACUUCAAUAUGUUUUUCUGAAGUUUCUUUAUCUGUUUACCAAAAUUUAUCUAACAAUCUGCAUGAUUUAAAGAAUCUGCUAUGUCACACUUUAUAUUUACUGAAGGAAUUCAUGUGGAAAAUAGUUUCUCGUUGAAAAUUCAAAUCUGAAUUGUUUAAAUAGGCUUAUUCUGUACAGCAGACUAAUAGCCAUUGCUAAAGGGAGAUAUAGGGUAGGAUGGACAAAUAGCAAAGUAAACUAUCAGAUUUACAGCAAAUAUAGAAAUAUGUUAAACCAUCCAUGCUGCUUAGAUGGAAAUUUGUCAGUUAGAAAUGAUACAUAAGGUGUCUUAACCAGAAUAUCUAGUUUAUUUGAUUUAAUAUAUUAUCCCAUUUUAUUUGCUUGAGGUUGACUUUAUCGUUAUGGCAUUGAAAUACUCCUGUACCAAUACGGUCUUUUAGCUUUUUUGUUUUUGUCUUCUAGCAUUCUAUUACUGCAGUGGAUAGUGUUGCAGUUAUGUAUAAAUAGUUUUUAGAUCAAAAGAUAGCAAAAUCCUUAGUGUAUAGGCCUUUAUUUUGAUAUGGCUUAAAGCCUUUGGCCAAAUAAGGAUGUUGAGUAGAGGUAUUAAAUUCAAGUAGCAAAGUCUAAAAGUGAUAAGGGAUUGUUUACAUUAAGGAUAUUUUUGAUCAAAUAUAUCUGAUUACCUGAUAACAUUAAUGUAUUUUAAGAUAGACUUAAGAGCCCUGGAAUGUUUAUCAACAUUCAUUCCUGACAAAGCUAUGGCUUUUGGAAAUACAUUGUUAGGGAACAAGCAGUGACCUUUUUCAAAUAAUGGUCUUAUUUUAUUCUGUGGUUUGUGUAAAUUUAACAUUUUGGUUAGUGCUUUAGUCUUGCCAGUCAAACCUGUUCUAGGAUAAAAACUCAAAAC